ACUGGUCCUACGGCGUGUGCCGGGAUGGCCGCGUCUUCUUCAUCAAGUGCGGCGCGGGAAAGCGGGGACGCGGGCUGGGGCGCGGGCCGGGCGGGGGUGCGGGGCCGGGCGAGCGCCCCCAGAGCGGCGGCGGCGCUAACAGGUGCAUCUGUCUCUCCGCAGCGACCAGCUCCGCUGCACGACCUGGCUACACCCGCGCACCGGGGAACCCGUCAACUCCGGCCACAUGAUCCGCUCAGCCAUAACCAGCAGACCACAGCCUUCAGGCAUCCUGUGAGUGGGCAGUUUUCUCCAGAAAAUAGCGAAUUUAUUCUUCAAGAAGAGCCAAAUCCACAUAUGUCGAAGCAAGAGAGAAACCAAAGACCGUCCAGCAUGGUCAGUGAAACGUCCACGGCUGGGACCACUUCUACCGUGGAGGCCAAGCCUGGCCCCAAGAUCAUAAAGUCCAGCAGUAAAGUCCACAGCUUUGGAAAGAGGGACCAAGCCAUUCGGAGGAACCCCAAUGUUCCGGUGGUGGUGAGGGGCUGGUUGCACAAGCAGGACAGUUCUGGGAUGAGGCUGUGGAAGAGGAGGUGGUUUGUGCUUGCUGAUUAUUGCUUGUUUUACUAUAAAGACAGCCGAGAAGAAGUGGUCCUGGGGAGCAUUCCUCUGCCCAGCUACGUGAUCUCAGCAGUGGCCCCCGAGGAUCGCAUAAGUCGCAAGUAUUCCUUUAAGGCCGUGCACAUGGGGAUGCGAGCACUCAUCUAUAAUAGCUCUCAGGCCGAGCAGUCAGGCAUGAGGACCUACUACUUCAGUGCUGACACCCAGGAGGACAUGAACGCUUGGGUCAGGGCCAUGAACCAGGCUGCACAGGUGCUAUCUCGAUCGUCACUGAAGAGGGACAUGGAGAAAGUGGAGCGGCAGGCGGUCCCCCAGGCCAACCACACAGAGUCCUGUAGAGAAUGUGGCCGCAUGGGACCCGGACAUGCAAGGGAUUGUUCUCAUCGCAACCACGAGGAUUCCUUUGGAUUCGAGAGGCGGGAGCAUGGGGAAGACCGGUACCGCUCCCAGAGGGACCCACUGGAGGGCAAGCGGGACAGGAGCAAGGCCAGGUCCCCGUACUCGCCAGCCGAAGAGGAUGCCUUGUUCGUGGAUUUACCCUGUGGCCCGAGAGGCCAGCAGGCUCAGCCCCAAAGGUCAGAGAGGAAUGGUGUGCUGCCUGGCACAUUUGGCCCAGGAGAGCAGAAUGGGACUGGUGGGUACCAGCGGGCCUUUACUUCCAGGACCAAGCCUGAGAAGCACAGCCAGAGGAAGAGCAGCCUGGCGCACGUGGAGCAGUGGGCAAAGGCCCAGAAGGUGGACAGCAGGAGCCUGCUCCUGGAUCAGACCCUUCCUCGCCAGGGUCCCAGCCAAUCCCUGUCCUUUCCAGAAAACUACCAGACUCUUCCCAAAAGCAGCCGACGCCCCUCAGGGGGCUCUUCACCCCCUCCCCGCAACCUGCCAAGUGACUACAAGUACGCGCAGGACCGAGCCAGCCACCUGAAGAUGUCGAGUGAGGAGCGCCGGGCACACCGGGAUGGCACCGUGUGGCAGCUCUACGAGUGGCAGCAGCGCCAGCAGUUCCGGCACGGCAGCCCCACGGCGCCCAUCUGUGCUGGCUCCCCAGAGUUCACCGACCAGGGCCGGAGCAGGAGCAUGUUAGAGGUGCCCCGCUCCAUCUCUGUGCCUCCAUCUCCCUCGGACAUCCCUCCCCUGGGGCCCCUGAGGGCCUUCCCAACCCGGCGGCCACACACGCCAGCAGAGAGGGUCACUGUGAGGCCACCGGACCAGAGAAGGAGUGUGGACAUCUCGCUGAGCGGUUCUCCCAGGAAGGCGUGGGCCCACACCACCAAGAACUCCUCUCAUGUGGACCGACGCUCCAUGCCCUCCAUGGGUUACAUGACCCACACUGUCAGUGCUCCCAGUUUACAUGGAAAAUCGCUGGAGGAGCUCUCACUGCUUCUCACUCGGUUACGGCGGCACCAGGCCAAGUUGGCCAGGGUGAGAAAUUUCGCCAUCGGCCAGUCACUGCAGCAUGAGCUGACCUUCCCCACCUGCCAGGCUGACGAUACCUACCUCCAGCUGAAGAAAGACCUGGAGUACCUGGACCUAAAGAUGACAGGCCGGGAUCUUCUCAAGGACCGAAGUCUGAAGCCAGUGAAGAUUGCCGAGAGUGACAUUGACGUUAAACUGAGCGUCUUCUGUGAACAAGACAGGAUCCUCCAGGACUUGGAAGACAAGAUACGAGCCCUUAAGGAGAACAAAGAUCAGCUGGAAUCCGUGCUGGAGGUGUUGCACAGACAGAUGGAGCAGUACCGAGACCAGCCCCAGCACCUGGAGAAGAUUGCCUACCAGCAGAGGCUGCUGCAGGAGGACCUUGUCCACAUCCGGGCAGAGCUCUCCAGAGAGUCCACUGAGAUGGAAAAUGCCUGGAAUGAAUACCUGAAGUUAGAGAGAGACGUGGAGCAGCUGAAGCAGACCCUGCAGGAGCAACACAGAAGAGCCUUUUUUUUCCAGGAGAAAUCACAGAUACAGAAGGAUCUCUGGAGGAUCGAAGAUGUCGUUGCAGGCCUGAGUGCAAAUAAAGAGAACUUCAGAAUCCUGGUGGAAUCGGUCAAAAAUCCGGAGAGAAAAACAGUGCCUUUGCUUCCUUACCCGCCUGUGCCUUCAAUCUCCUCUUCUGAGAGCAAGCCGUUCCUGCACCCCAGCCCGCCCACCAGCCCCAUGCGGACCCCUCUGGAGGUUCGACUCUUCCCCCAGCUGCAAACCUACAUGCCGUACCGACCUUACCUGCCCCAGCUGAGGAAGGUGACGUCGCCCCUUCAGUCGCCAACCAAGACAAAGCUCAAAGUUGAAGACGAGGCACCUCCCAGGCCCCCGCUCCCUGAGCUCUACAGCCCAGAGGACCAGCCCCCGGCCGUGCCACCUCUACCGAGGGAGGCCACCAUCAUCCGGCACACUUCAGUGAGGGGCCUCAAGCGGCAGUCGGACGAGAGGAAGCGAGACCGGGAGCAGGGGCAGUGUGUGAACGGGGACUCGAGGGUGGAACUCCGGUCAUACGUCAGUGAGCCUGAGCUGGCAACCUUCAGUGGGGACAUGGCACCUCCCUCCCUGGGACUCGUGGGCUCUGAGAGCAGGUACCAGACGUUGCCAGGCAGAGGGCUCUCGGGGUCCACGUCAAGGCUCCAGCAGUCGUCCACCAUUGCUCCCUACGUCACGCUUCGGAGGGGUCUAGAUGCCGAAAGCAGCAAGGUGACCUACCCUAGACCCAGGAGUGCCUUGGAGCGCCUGUACUCAGGGGACCACCAGCGGGGCAAGAUGAGCGCGGAGGAGCAGCUCGAACGCAUGAAGCGGCACCAGAAGGCGCUAGUCCGGGAGCGCAAGAGGACGCUGAGCCAAGGAGAGAGGACGGGUCUCCCCUCGUCCCGCUACCUCAGCCAACCACUCCCUGGAGAUCUCGGCUCAUGGAAGCGCGAGCAGGACUUUGACCUGCAGCUGCUGGAACGGGCCGUACAAGGGGACAGAAAGGACAAGGAGGAGAAUGGCUGGCUGAAGGUGCAGGCUAUGCCUGUCACUGAGUUGGACCUGGAACCACAAGACUAUGACGUGGACAUCAGCAGAGAGCUCUCCAAACCAGAGAAGGUCUCCAUCCCCGAGCGUUACGUGGAGCUGGAUCCUGAAGAGCCGCCCAGCCUGGAGGAGCUACAGGCGCGGUACCGCAAGGCCGAGAAGAUCCGUAACAUCCUUACCCGGUCCAGCAUGUGCAACCUGCAGCCAGUGUCCGGCCAGGACCGGAACAGCAUGGCCGACCUGGACUCGCAGCUGCAGGAGCAGGAGCGCAUCAUCAACAUCUCCUACGCCCUGGCCUCAGAGGCCUCCCAGCGCAGCAAGCAGGUGGCAGCGCAGCAGCUGGCCCUCCUCCCGCCUAAAGCCCCCCUGUCCUCCAGGACGGUGCCACCUUACCCCCCCUUAAGCAACGGACUCCACUACACCUUUGUCUAACACCUUCCAACCCAGGCAGUGACUGACCCGUGAUCCAGCGUGCAGAGAAGUCUGGAGCCAGGGGCCCGUGGAACCAGUUUCCUCCAAGAAGAUUGAUCCUCCUUCCCCUUCCAGCUGAGCCGGGGUUCAGGCUGGAGGACAGAGCACCACCAGCUGUGGGGCAUUCACCACAGGGCUAGGGCCUAACACCCACGCUUGUUUUAGUUCAGACUCCUUUUUACAUGUGACAGAAGCACUUUUAAUACACACUGUAAAAUACUGACUCUGUAUUUUAGAAUCAGGCUAUAUUUUAUAAUGUUCACCUCAAGGGCUGAGUGGCUGAGAAGGUGAGGAUGCAGGAUUUUGGAGCUGCACAUACAGAUUCAGGUACCGUUUGGGUGGAAGGUGUGGGUGGGAGCCAAAGGGCAGGGCAGGGGAGCAGAGGCCAGUCCAGCAUCGGCUGAACUCAGGUGAGGUUGGAUUGGAGAUGUGUUUCCAGUGGAUUCCAGUGUUGGGCUCAUUGGUGUGUUGUCCAGGGCAGUGAUCAGCUGACCCUGACCUGGCCCGAUGACCAGCUCUGUAGGGUGAAACUCCACCGAGCUGGCACGUGGAGCCUCGGCCUUGGGUCUGGCUCAGGCCCAAAGGUGUGUCCAAGAACUUUGGUUCCCAACCUGCCCAUGAGAUCCUCUCAGCAAAGGGCUCUUCAAAAAAAAAACAAAACAAAAACAGUUCGCUGUAAUUAAAAAAAAGAAAUACUUUGAAAUACAGAAAAAGUGAGAAGAAACACCUUUGAUUUGUAUCAUAAGCAAUAAACGUCACACUGGGUGGCAUCUACCUACAACUGCCCGAGUCCACACUCGGCUCUGAUAAGUAGCCUGGGCUCGUUGCGGCCCCUGAGAACACAGGUCAGCCUACCCAGGACUUGGGUCAUGUGGCAGGUGGGCAGGCAGCGGGCCCCUACCCUCCCCGAUGGCCAGCAGGGCCACGAUGACAGGACCAUGACUUGACUUCCAGCCUAAAACGGGGAGGGCGCUGUUAAGCCAGGCGCAGUGUUUGUGGCCCUUUAUGUAUGUAAGUCACGAGCUCAUGAUAUUCUGCAUUCGGAAAAUGAAGUUGGAAAACAAACAAACAAACAAAAAACAACUCCAUUGGGUGGAGCCACACUUUAAAUGAAAAUUUGUCUUUGACUAUGGUCAGAAAAAUAAUCUUGAAUAUAUUUAGAAGUUGCCGUCUAUUUUUAACUAACUCCAUAUGCUGCCAGUAUCAACUUCAUGACAUUUGCCAAAAUAAGAUUUUAUUUUUGCCUUUAUAAGAUUUUGUUGGAAAAAAUGAAAUGACUAUUUUGCAAGAAAAAGUUAAUUUAAAUAAAACUGUAAUGGUUUGCAAAAAAAAAUGUGAUGUACAGAUUAAAAUAUUAACCUGAUAUGCUUCCUGCUUUUUGCUGGCUAUAUUCUCCUGAGUGGCUUGUGUUAGGUUUUUUUCCAUUUCUUUGGAAAACCCCCAGUGUCAGCUCUGGAUCCUGCUGUGUUCACCUAUGAAGUCUCUCCUGAGGACAGUUCCGUGACACGUGAUUGACUCUGGAGGCCUGAGGGAGGAAGGCCUGUGCACUUGGGCCUUUGGCUAGGCUUCAGCAGCUGCUCGGGAUGGCCCCUCACUUCACCCCCGCCCGGCUGAGGGGCCGCAGGGCUGUGGACUCCUGUGUGGGGCUGGUUUGGCAGGCGGUAUGCAAUCCCAGACAAAGGGAGGGACUCCGCAGGCCUUCUUCCAGCCCACAUGCCUCCAGCUCGUUCCAACGAGGCGGCUGGGAGGAGGGGUAGCCUGUUCUGUAAGAAUCGUGGCCCAAAUUUCAAACAGAGAGCAUGACAGGCCCUCACCUCAGACUUCACGGAGAGCACGCGUGAUCUGGAAACGGCACCCUCCGGCUAUGUCACGUGUGAGCAGGCGCAUGGCCCAGCCCCUUCUCCACCCCCUGGAGAGGACUCGUUACCUGAGGUGCAUCUAAGUGUAGUGAAUUGAACCAGCGGAACUGAACUUUCCAUGAAAACUUCUCGAGCUCCUGGAUGUCGUCAAGCCAUGAAGCUGCUGCCUGCGCCCCAGGGGGGACCGUCCCUGCCCAGCUCACAGCCCUCUCCCGGUGCUGCAGACCCUCAAAGUGCCUGAUGAGUGUGUCUCACCGCGAGUCCUCCCUGGCCAAGCCCAGGCUGCAGACUGCAUGCACGCAGGAGAACUUGCUCUCCCUCAUGCUGUGCCUCUCGGGUCCCAGAGCAGGCUUUGUGUGCUCUGGUUCACCCAGAGCCCUGGCGAGCACCAAUUCUUCAAGCCUCUGCUCAGGUCCCCUGUCUGUGGGGCUCAGACAUGUUCUCUGUGUUUCCUCCUCCCUCAUCCCAAAUAACCAUUUGUU